GCCGCGGGCCGGAGCGCGAGCGCGAGCGGCCGCCGGGCGCCGGAGCCACGUCCCCCUGCGCCGCCCCGGGCCUGCCGGCCGGAGGAGCCACCAUGCACCCCGGGCCGCCGAGCGCCUGGCCGCCCCGCGCCCGCGCCGCGCUCCGCCUGUGGCUGGGCUGCGUCUGCUUCGCGCUGGUGCAGGCGGACAGUCCUUCAGCCCCAGUGAACGUCACCGUCAGGCACCUCAAGGCCAACUCUGCAGUGGUGAGCUGGGAUGUUCUGGAGGAUGAGGUUGUCAUCGGAUUUGCCAUCUCUCAGCAGAAGAAGGAUGUGCGGAUGCUGCGCUUCAUCCAGGAGGUGAACACCACCACCCGCUCGUGUGCCCUCUGGGACCUGGAGGAGGAUACGGAGUACAUAGUGCAUGUGCAGGCCAUCUCCAUUCAGGGCCAAAGCCCAGCCAGUGAGCCUGUGCUCUUCAAGACCCCGCGUGAGGCUGAGAAGAUGGCCUCUAAGAACAAAGAUGAGGUAACCAUGAAAGAGAUGGGGAGGAACCAACAGCUGCGGACAGGCGAGGUGCUGAUCAUUGUCGUGGUCCUGUUCAUGUGGGCAGGUGUCAUCGCCCUCUUCUGCCGCCAGUAUGACAUCAUCAAGGACAAUGAACCCAAUAACAACAAGGAAAAAACCAAGAGUGCAUCAGAAACCAGCACACCAGAGCACCAGGGCGGGGGGCUUCUCCGCAGCAAGGGUGCCAGGGUCCAGUGGUGAUUUGAAAAAAAAAAAAAAAAGCAGUGGAUGGGGAGGGCAGAAUUCUUGGUUGGCGCGAGACAACAGGAAUGGGGUGUCUGGCUCAUUCCUGCUCCUGCUGUGCCUUGUGACCUUGGGCAGGUGCUUUACUGCUGUACUUUCAUUUCCUCUUCUGUAAAACAGAUAUGAGAAUCUUUUCAGUGCUUGCCCUGAGCAGCUAAGAAGACAGACAGUAGAGAAUGUGAGAGGAUCUCAUGAUCUCAUGGUUCUGACGAUGAUUAUCCAACAAACAUCUGGCCCUCUCUACAUCUCCUCUUCCCUCCAUCUCCUUGUACCCUCUGGCUUACUGUCUUCUCUCUGGAGCACUUUCCUGAAGCCUUUUAUUAACCCCCAUCUCCAGAAGCACCUCAACAAUGUCAGUGGCUGAGGCUGCACUCAGAGGGAUGACUGCUGGGGGUAAACUGGGUGCCAGGGGCCAUGGGCCCAGGACCCAGUCUUGGCCAUUCAGUUGAGUGAGGCUGAAGGCUGGGUUUGAAAAGGCAGAAAGACAAGACAUCCAGGCAGGGCUUCUCUUUUCCUUCCACAAGGGACAAGAGCCUGGCUUAUUUAGGCUGCAGCCCUGCUGCUCCUCCCUUCCUUCUUCUGUCCUCUGUUUCCAGCCUUGCAAGAAGUCUAUUCAAUUAGUCCUGGCCGCUUCUCUCAUUUUUUUCCUCCCAGUUUCCAAACAAGCCCUCAGUGAACAUCAUUGAAGCGUGACUGCCUGUCUGCAGAGAGAAGGAUUCCAUUUUUCUUCUCAGCUGGUCCCUGGGCCCACAGGCACAGGGAGAGGGACGACUGCAGCAGCGGGGAGGAGGCGCAGCUAGCUGCAGUUUUCUCUUCUCCUUGCCCUAGUCAGAUGAAGGAGGCUGAACUACAAACCCAAAUUCUGCAAAAAAUAAAAUAAAAUAAAAAUAAGCCACAAAACUAAAAGGCCUGGCCCCAUUCUGGAAAAGGCAAAGCUGCAUGAGACACAGCCUUCUGCCUCCUUGCCUCUCCUGGACUGGCUUCCUCUUUGAGAAAAUGCACAAAGUCCUGGGAGAUGACAAGCACGAGGACUGACGCAAGCUGUGUCUUUCAGACCAAGGAACAUCAGAGAAGCUGUGGGGCUGCCUGCCAUGCAGGAUCAUGGCUGCCAUCAAGCCUUUUCUGGAUCCAGCCAUCAAGGACAUGUUUGUGGUAUGAUACACACCUUUGCAAGUGUGUAAGAUGUUACCUGGUUUGUCUCUUUUGGAAAACAAAAAUCAGAAGGCCGCACUCUAGAGGGCAGAGAGAUUCCCCCGAAGACUGAGCUGGUUGCCUGCAUCCUCUAUCUUCUUUGACCCUUAUGACUGUAAGAUCAUCAGUUCGGGGUCUUGGGAAGACCUGGAAGGUACUGGUCUAAUUUAUUUAGGAAGUAUCUCUUGGAAUUUCAGAAAUGCUAGCUUGGACAACUGAAAAGUCACAUCACAUCUGGCAUUCUGGGGGUUACUAAAACACCCCUUCUGGAGUGGAAGCUGCUGGAAGGCAGGCCUGAGCCAUUCACCACAGACAGGAAGAGCAGCCCUGGCUAUCACCACUGGCCUCUGGGGUCUUCAUAUCUUGCCAUCUCAUCCAGGGUUCCGUGAAAGUUACCCAGGGUCCUCAUGUCCUUCCUUAGAGCCUGAGUGGUGUUAGGUGACAGGUCUCUCUCUCCACUGCCCCUUUCUGGCUUAAAAAAAUGGUGCUCGAUGAGGGAAGGUAGACUCUUUCCUAGGACUGAUGAGUUAUGGCUGCCAGAUACCUGCAUGGGAAGAGGUGGACUUCUGCAUCUUCCAUUGGCGGCCAAGGAUGGGUGUGGGUGAACCACACCUAGCACAAGCCUGGUACUCAGUAAAUAUUUGUUGAAAUGAAUAAGAGCAUCGGUCUCCAAGCCAGAGAGCCAGAAGCCAUCACCCAAUGACCGCCCCUUCCUUCCGGUCUACAAGAGCUCUCAAGGCUGGGUCUGCCACCACUCUGCUUUGCCCAAGUGUGGCAGCACUGGGGAGGAGAGACAGGAUAAAGGGCAGAUGUUAGCAAUACUAAGGGCUUCCUCAUGGGAGGGCAUGAGGCUCCACUCAUUGUCUUGUGACUUCCAUCCCUGCUGAAUGGGGCUGCAAGGCCAAGGCUCCUUAGGGGAGAGGUCCUUACCUCUGAUCCACUUAGAGCAAUAACCACUUUUUAAAUGUAAAAUAAAAAGACAAAUGAAAAGGCA